CCACCGAAGUACACAAAAUCCAUCUUAAAGAAGGGCGACAAAACCAACUUUCCGAAGAAAGGAGACACUGUUCAUUGCUGGUACACAGGGAAGCUACAGGAUGGAACAGUCUUCGAUACCAAUAUUCAGACAAGUUCAAAGAAGAAGAAAGCAGCCAAACCUUUGAGUUUCAAAGUUGGUGUAGGAAAAGUAAUCAGAGGUUGGGAUGAAGCCCUCCUAACAAUGAGUAAAGGGGAGAAGGCCCAGCUGGAAAUAGAACCUGAGUGGGCAUAUGGCAAGAAGGGGCAGCCUGAUGCCAAGAUUCCUCCAAAUGCAAAACUUUUCUUUGAAGUGGAAUUGGUGGAUAUUGAAUGAAAUGAAGAGUUUCCUUUGCUGCUGGGAAUCCACUGAUGAUCAAGAAAGCUUCCAACAACUGCAGUUCUGCUCGUGUAACUUCAGGAUAGUUACAACUGUGGCCUUGUACUGAAAUCAAGUUUGUUUUCCCUGCCCCAACUGCUGUACAGUAACAUACCACUAAAGAAAACAUAGUUUAUACAUGCAA